ACAGAUAGCAGCUCAGUAGAGGACGUUUUAAAGCAUGAACGCAAUUACAAACGGAAGGAUGCAGUGGUUGUCUCUGUCAAUGCUGGCUUUAGCCACGGUGGGCAGCGCCUUCAUCUUCCCCGCCAGCCGCCCAGGCACAAGACUGGUCGCAGAACCACUCACCAAGUUGAACGUCGUCGUUUCUGAGACCACGCGUGAGGGGGUGCCCAUGCCCGAACCCAACGUGAAGCCGGCCACGGACAAGCUGUUUGUUUACUUAUGGAUAGACCACCUUGGAAACCGCGUUUAUCGCGCGACCCGCAACAUCGGCGCUUCGCCUCGCCGCAUCCAGCUCUGGAACCCCUUGGCAUCCGAUGCCGAUCAGGCAUACCCGGAAACCGGCGUCUCCACGGCCCCAAGCUUCACCAAAUACGAGGUCUUGGGCGACGAUAAUCUGGACGCAUGGGUAGAGAGCGGUUUUGGAGAGUUCGACGACGUGGAGCCUUCCCCCGUGGCCUACACCAUUGAAGGCGCCGAAGAGGGCGGGGCGCGGGGGGAGAUGGAGGGCGAGGGCCAACGGGAGGAGGCCAAGGAGCUGACCUCGGAGGAAAUCGAGGCCUCCAUCAACGCCUACAACGAGUACUACCCACCUGCCUCCUUUGACGCCCUGGUCACGGCCAUGCAGGCAAGCUGGCGCACCAUCAUCCUCUCCCGGGGUAAGCAGGGGGCCAAAGCGAUGCGAGAGUUCUAUCGGGAUCUACACAAAGCUCACCCGGAGCUCGAGCAGAAAGUAUGGAUCAUGGAGACGCACGCAACGCGCUCCCCUGUCCCGGAGGAUCCGGACACGUACAACCACUGGAUGAGCGACGAGGAUAUAUUGAAAAUGGCUCGUGUGGCGACGGACGGGCACGACGACGUGGUGGAGUUCUCGGGCCUGGAAUUUGAAGACUCGAUGGACGGGAUCAAGGGGGAGGACUGGGUAACCAUUCCACCCCCUUUGUCGUGGUUCAAGGACGAAGCGAAGAAAUGAGCGGGAGAGGCCAUGAGGAGGAGCGAGGGAGAGGUUUGAAGGAGACUUGAGAGUUGGGCGGAGGAGAAGGCAACGAGGGUGUGUGCCGGGACCGUUGGAGCAAAGGGUCGCGAACGUGCAAGAAAAAGAGCUAGACGAGAGCGGUCAUGAAUGAGGAGCCGCAAUAAAGGACGUCACGGGGUUGAGCUACGAAAUGUUUCGUUGAAAUGGCCAUGGUUAGCAGAGAACAAAAUUAGCGGGGCAAUUCCUAGUUUUUGAAAGAAACACAUGCACCGCGAUACCACGAGGAGCACGGAGGUGAUGGAGCGACGACGUCAGUGGUUCCUGUUGAGGAUGCCGACGCUUGCCACGUCGGAUGUGGCCAAAACCCGCGAAAGCGGAGCCAUCAUCAGAGGGAUGAGAGAGGGUGGGAAAGAAAAUAGAUGAUGAGGUCACAGGCCAGGGUGUAUAGGAGGAUCCACCUACACUACUACUAUAAAUAAGAGGGCCAUUGCCCCGAUUAUGCCUCCAAAAGGGGGCAGGAUGAAAAAACACACCCCUUUCUUUCCGAA